GGCCCCGCCCCGUAUGACAGGCUCAGAUAUGAAGAUUUACGGGGCGUUGAUUUCUGGUAUUUCACGUCUGGAUUUUCAGGUACCACUGAGUUUCUGUUGUGUGCGCGUGUUGUCCGUGUAUGUCAGUGUGUGAGAGAGUUUAUGGUGUGUGUGUUUGUAAACGGUCCCAGCUCGGAUACUGUCACCGCUUUGCACUGCAGUCAGUCUCCGUGUUCCUACAUGCAAGUUACCGUCGCGGCUCCGCAAUCGUUGCUCAGCAAUGACUGAAAGCCCCGCGACCAAACCAGCCAACGGGGAAGUGUGCGUGAAGAACGGACUGAAACCUGAGAGGAUCGGCUUCGUGAAGAGCCUCUACCGCUCCCAUGAGCGGCAGCACAAGCACCACUGGCACCCCGACGAGGACGAGAUCCACGCAGCAUCAUAUCAUGGCAGCCUCUACAGCCGGCCUUUCAUCGAGUCUUUCGAAGAGACACCCUUGCUAGUGGCAGUACUCACCUACAUGGGCUACGGCAUCCUCACCAUCUUUGGCUACCUUCGCGACUUCCUUCGUCACUGGAAAAUUGAAAGAUGCCAUAUUGCCAGAGAGAAAGAGGAACAAAAGGACUUUGUGCCACUCUACCAGGAUUUUGAGAACUUUUACACCAGAAACCUUUACAUGCGGAUAAGAGACAACUGGAACAGGCCCAUAUGCAGCGUCCCAGGAGCCAAAAUGAAUCUGAUGGAACGAGCCUCCCAUGACUACAACUGGACUUUUGAGUACACAGGUCGGGUAGUGCAGGAUGUGAUUAACUUGGGCUCAUAUAAUUACCUCGGCUUUGCUGAGAAUACGGGUCCGUGUGCUGACUCUGCAGCCGAGGUUACUAUGAAGUAUGGUGUUGGAGUCGCAAGCACCAGGCAGGAGAUUGGUAACCUGGACAGACACGAGGAGAUGGAGAAACUGUUGGCUAAGUUCCUCGGCGUGGAAUCUGCCAUGGCGUUUGGGAUGGGGUUUGCAACCAACUCCAUGAACAUACCAGCCUUGGCUGGCAAGGGAUGCCUGAUUCUGAGUGAUGAAAUAAACCAUGCCUCUCUAGUCCUGGGAGCCAGACUCUCUGGGUCCACCAUCAGAGUCUUCAAACACAACAAUAUGCAGAGCCUUGAAAAACUGCUGAAAGAAGCCAUAGUUCACGGCCAGCCCAGGACUCACAGACCAUGGAAGAAAAUUCUCAUCGUGGUUGAGGGCAUUUACAGCAUGGAGGGCAGUAUAGUGCGUCUGCCAGAGGUGAUCGCCCUGAAGAAGCGCUACCGGGCCUACCUUUAUCUAGAUGAGGCCCACAGCAUAGGAGCUCUGGGUCCAAGAGGAAGAGGUGUGGUGGAUUACUUUGGCCUUGACCCCUGUGAUGUAGACAUCAUGAUGGGCACAUUUACCAAGAGCUUUGGGGCUGCAGGGGGAUACAUUGCAGGGAAAAAGGAGCUCAUCGAAUACCUACGCUCCCAUUCCCACAGUGCGGUCUAUGCCACCUCCAUGUCUCCUCCUGUGGUGGAGCAAAUCAUCACUUCUAUGAAGUGCAUUAUGGGAGAAGAUGGCACAACGAUAGGCUGUGAUCGUGUGCGGCAGCUGGCAGAGAACACAGUCUAUUUCCGCAAGAGGCUUCGAGAAAUGGGCUUCAUCAUCUACGGCAACAACGACUCUCCCGUCGUACCCAUGAUGCUCUACAUGCCCGCCAAGAUAGGAGCAUUUGGGAGGGAGAUGCUGAAGAGGAACAUUGGGGUUGUAGUCGUUGGGUUUCCUGCGACGCCCAUCAUCGAGUCACGGGCACGUUUCUGCAUCUCUGCCGCCCACACAAAAGACAUGCUCGACAGGCAGGCAGAUGGGUCCCCCCACAUAAGAGCCGGGUUCUGCUCAAGGCUUUUUUCCCUGUUAAAAGGCGCUAAGUGUCAUCAGCGAGGUAGGAGACCUUCUUCAGCUCAAGUACUCCCGUCACAGAAUACGUCCGUCUUUGACGCGGCCUUUUGACGAUAACGUGUAUGAGGACAUAGACGACUGAUGAAUCACUCCUCUGCUGAUGUGAACCAGAACAGGUCAGGAUGGCUCACAGGUCUUCCAGGAGAACCAAGAUGUGCGGACGUGCACCUUGUCACUAGCUUGCCAUAACAUAACCCCCAACAAAAGGAAAACACUUAAAACUAUCAUCUGAUUCUACUUUGCCUUACCUAAACACACAGGACUUGUGGUAGACACACUGAAAAUAGCACUUCUGCUUUUUCCUGUGUACUUAAUUUUUUGUUUCAUUUCGUGUCGAAGAUUUUUUUUUGUUGGUUUGUAUGUUUUGUGUCCGUUGUGGCAUUCAUCACUGUUAAGCCUUGUAGUUAUGUAUGUGACGUGGAUGUCAGCUUUCCAGUUGUCGCUCAGAUUGUGAGAUUUUUUUCAUAGCAUUGACCUAAAGUGGAUUUAAUGGGGUCAGGUUGCCCUUUUAACCAACAAUCAAAUAUCAAGUUCUGUCAUCCAGUAUGUUUCACAUCAGUGAUUAUUACCACACGCAGUAAUCUCUGGAUGUUGCAUCGUUUGCACAGGACCAACAAGUCACCAGUUUUCAACUCAAGCUAUCUUGUUAGCUUGUCUUCCAAAGGUUUCACUGAAAAUAGUUUUGUCUGUUAAAAAAAGAUUUCCCCAAGUAUUUUCAAGGAAUGUCAUUAUUCUAAAACUCCCUGACAUCUAGAUGUUACACUGCUCCUUUAGUCUGACUUGACUGAACAUUUAUGACCAAAUUAGGCUCAUUUUUUGCUUCCAUCAUUAGAUUUCCAGUCAAGUAAAAACACAAACCAGCAGUCCAAAGCAAAUUACUCAUAGACAGUAGCCAUGUUUCCAUAAUGUGUUUUUGUGCGCAUUUUGAAAUAUCGUUUUUUGUCUCCUUAUUGCAUUAGCAUGGCAUUGGUAUGAAACAUGGCCAAUACCAGGUGAUGUUAAAGAACUUUGCCAUUUGAAAACUAUUUUUGAGGACAUUUCUCAUUUUUUCUUUUGUAGAUGGUCACAGAAAAAAAAAAAAAAAAUUUUUUCCAAGCUCUGUCUACGCUGUUUAUUACAACCACCUUCUAACAAUAAAUCACAGCAUAGUUGAUUCACUACAAACCAAUUUGUAAAAUGAAGCCUAUUUACAUUUUUGCAUCAUAUUUGCUUGUCAGUUAUGUGAAAACAUGGCUCGUUUUUAUUACAAAGGAACAGCUUGAUGUUUGGGAAAUUAACCUUAUUUAGCAAUACUAGUUUUAUGUCCGUAUGAAGCAAGAGCCUGUGGGCAAUUAGCUUAGCUUUGCUUUGAUAAAAACAGUUAAAGCCUGUAACUCCUCACAGAAGCACAAAUUCUUCUUUUUACAUUCAUAUUGUUUUUGUUUUUUUGGAUUAACGAAACACAAAGUAACAUAUAUAUUACCAACAUUUUGAGGUGCUGUAGAGAGCCUUUUUCUCUGGCUUCCAAGCUAACUAAUGGCCCUUUGUUGUUUCAUAUUUAAAAUGUUAUCAGUCUUCUCAAAUGAAUUUUAGUAACACAGCAUAUGAGUAUACUUUUAAAAAAUGUCAAACUUUUGCUUAAAUUUGGGGCCAGUGAAGUGAUGAUUUAAAUGUCUUAAUGCCUGCUAAAGUAAACUAAAUUACUUAGUAUAAUUCGUGUGUUCGGAAAAGCUAUGAAAACUUAAAAAAUACAUGACUGAGAACUCCAUUUGCCUCAGUUGACACCAGCUCUGGGUCAGGUACAGUAGUGCCAAAAUAGAGAAGAUCUGAACACAUCAUUAGCCUUGUUAUUGGUGUGUAAAGAGUAAAUUUCCCCCACUUAAAGGUGCUGUAUAGCUCCAACAGUCAGAGGUUAAAGUUUUCUGAAAGCAACUGUAUGUGGCAUUAGCAGACUCCAAAAAAGUCAAGCAUAGCCAUAUCCAUUCCAACUAAAAGAAUGAAACUGCUAUUUGCAGCCUAACACUCACAAAUCAAUAGUGAAUUGAAUCUUUUUUGCAGUAAUGAAAUAAUCGGUGUAUACCUGUGUUGGAUCUCUAAUAAUACAACCAAUGAUUGUGUUUUUGUGUUAUUCAGAGAGAUAACUUAAAUAUGACUAAAUUCAGCUAAAUUCUAGCUUAAUUAAGUCACUGUUUUACCAUUUUCUGCUGUCAGUGGUUAAACUAUAUAAAAAAAUGACCAAUGAAGUUAUUUUCAUAGCCUGUAAUUUGAAACUUUUUCAGCUUUUGAAAGAAUGGAAAAAUAAUGUUGAUUUAUACUUGAACAGGGAAUUUUAUUCCUAAACAUCUGUUCCACAUUCCGUUUCCCACUGACCAUGUUACAUGUCACCAUCAGCGGUGUCCACCAGUGUGAUUGUAUGGUUUUACUGACCAACUUAAUGUUUAUUUGUACCAUUUAAAGUCUUACAGAUCACCUCAAACAAACUCAAAGCCAGAAUAUUCAAUGUCACAUUAGUCUCACUACUUUUGUCUUUUUUGCUCUGCCCAAAAUAGUGCAAGUAUAAGCUCUUCUCUGUUAAUGUUUAGAAGGACAGCUCAGCUUCUUCAGGUAGUGCAUUUUAGAUAGAGAACAUCUAAAUGAUCACAGCUAAACUAGUCUGGAUGGGAUCCAGCAACAUUUGUCAUUUCUUUCACCUUCGCCCCCUCUAUCUCUUGGUUGCUCAUUAGUACAAACCUCGCUGCUUCGUGUCUGAUAACGUUGUUUUACUGCCUUGUGAAACAAAGUGCUACCUUCACGCUGUGACUCAGAAGUCACUAUUGACUUUGAUCAGGUGUGCUUGUUUGCAUGGUUUCAGGUUUAAAUGUGUGUGUUGCUGCUCUCUUGCCUUGCUUUUCUCCCAUGAACACACCUGUCUUUUGAACUCUGGGUUUAUCUGCAUUGUGCUACUGAGCUUUGGGACAACACUCCUUACUGAAGGCAGCUGUAACACAAAAGGUUAAAAAAAAUCCCACAUGCAUACAUUAACCCCUGCAUGUAUGCACACUGACAAGUACUGUGUAACCACUUAUUCUUCAUACUAAUGCAUGCACAAUCAGAUUUCAUCCCUGAAGCUGCUCCACACCACAGCUACUGGUGCUCAAAGAUUUACAUUGUUAUGCUAGAUGUGACUUUUUUUUUUUCUUUAAACCAUUCAAGUAAAAGUUUGACUUCUGUCUGUGUGGGAAACUUUUUUUUUUCUUUAAACCAUUCAAGUAAAAGUUUGACUUCUGUCUGUGUGGGAAACUUUUUUUUUCAUGGAAAUGUUUAUCUGUUCCUGUAAGUGGGAUGUGCUUGUGUAUUAUAUAUUUUGUACAUUUAUUUCUUCUCUGUGUAAAAGCCUGAAACUUGGACCACAGGUGAUUGUUCAUGAGCUGAAAGCUUAGUUACAAUAUUACUUUUACAGAUGCAGAAUGUAUUUUUCUUUUUUGUUUUUUAUGUAUUUGUAAGUUUUUGCGCGCACGAAAGUCGUCAAAUGAUACUCAAAAUGACCAUUUAGAAGGUAUUUUAAUCAAAAUGUAAUUAUGUAGAACCUCAAGACCUUAUGGCCUGAUUGUUUAGUGAAGCAUUCCUAAAUAUAAAUCAGAACUGUGAAGCCCCUUUCAGGAUUAUUAGAUGUGUCUGUGGAAAGUGCAGCGCCUUCUGUUAAUGAUCUCAACCGUUGAAUCUGUUCCAGUAUUGAUAAGAACAGCAGCAAAAUAACCUUCAUGCCCUUGUAGGUGUUACACAGGGUGAACUCCUGCAGUGGAAGAUGGCCUAACUAUUUUGUACAAAGUUCAGAUUGGUUCAUUGAAAAUGACCUGUUUGGGAUAUUUUGCUUAUUAUGGAGUAACCUGGAAAGUGGAGUGAUGCAAGUUACCACACAUCAGAGACAAUUACUUUCUGAUGUACAGUAGUGCCUUUUGAAGCAAAUGAUUUUGUAAGAAUUCUGAUAAUAGUAAGUGUCAUAACUGGGAUUGUUCACCUUUGAAAGUCUUAUUUGUCCUCUUAUACUACUUACUUAUAAUUAGCACUGGGUGCUUUCUCUAUGUUGACUAAUUGCCAUGCAUUUGAUCAUUGAAAAUGCACUAGUAAAUUUCUCCUUUGUGAGAUCAAUAAAGUCUAUCUUAUCUUAUUUGCAACAUAUCGGUGAAAUAUUAAUAUGUAAAAUGUCACCCAUGUCGGUUAUAUCGGUAGAUUAUUAAGAAUAAUAAAAACAAAGCUGUUUCAAAGUC